GCUUUGGUCUCGGCGGUGCUUAUCGUCACGGCUUCUCUUCCUGUUCUGUCCCGGGCAAUCAUUCUUUUACUGUCCCUUUGACUGAACGACUUUUAAUACCUACUCGACAUAUCAUCUCCGAGAUUUAAUCGCUAUUGUCGAAUUGUUAUAUCUGUCGCUCUUUACAACUGGACCGUAAAAACCUAUAAACAGCUGGACUGUUGCAACACUCACUCACUCACCCACUACACCAAAUCGAAAUCCGAAAGUUAUUGGGGAGCUUGGAUCAUCAUGAAGUUGUUGCUUUGGCUUACCGCCGCCCAUGUUGCGCAGGCCGCGGGAAGACAUGGAAUAAUGAAAAAGAGGCAGGCAGAGGUUGAGGGGAUUGCCCAUGCACUAAAAUUCGAAGGACUGAGGCUGUCUUAUAUCACCGAAACUGAAACUGCUACUCAAAAAGUUACGGAGACAGAGACAGCGACUGUUGUUCAAACUGUUCAAGGCGAGGCUGAAGCUGCUGCUGGCGAGGUUGUGACCGUUACCAUCAACGCACCUCCAGUUACUGUCACCGAGACCAAGACUGAAGUCGUCAACCAAGUCCAAACUCAAUACGUCACUCAGGUUCAGGUUAUGACUCAAUAUGUUACCCAGGUCGCAGCAGCGCCUCCUCCCGUCGUUGAGACCGUUACUCAGGCUCAACUCAUUACAGUGACCAUUCCAGGAGAAGCACCAGCGCCUGUUACUGUGAUUCACACCGUGCAAGCCCCUGUAGAGUCCGAUGAUGCUCUUGGUCGAAAGUUUAACCCAGGUGUUACUACGAUCCCUAUUCCUGAGAGCCUCUUGCCAAAGACGACACUCGCAUCGGAUCCCUUUGCUGUGGUUGGACCAAUCAGAUCGGAAACUAUUGUUCCUCAGCAACCUUCCAGCAUUGUCAAUCCUGUUGAGAAUCCUGCCAACACGGCGAUUGCUCCUCAACAGCCCAGCUCUGUCGAGAAGCCCGCCACAACUCAGGUUGCGCCCGUAGAACCUAGUUCUAUCGAGAAGCCUGCGACGACACAACCCGUAGUUUCCGAACGACCGCCUACUUCUGUCGCGAAACCCGCCACUACGGAGUCCACCGUUCCUCAGCAGCCUGUCAGUUCCAUCGGAGAACCCAUGGUUGAAGCUUCUUCCACACAAGGAGGAAAACAAACAUAUGCUCCUUCAAUGGAACUCGGUAACAUGGGCCCCGACACCACAGGAAACCUCGCACAGCCCGCUCUCGACGGAACCAAGCCCACGACGACUGCCAACGCGGAGUCAGCCUCCAGGACACGAGCCCCCAUCGAUCUGUCUGACCCUUCAAAGCUCAGCAGCGCGCUCAACCUGGGCAACUUGGUUGGAGGAAACGGUGGCCUCAAAGCUCGCGCCACAGGUACGCCAUGAGUCUAUGGUUGAAAUGCGUUGGAGACGACGAUGUGAAUGGUAAAAACUUUGAGACGGACUUGGGGUUUUUUUUCGAAUGGGCAUUCGUGCUCGUAAUGUUGUAGCUAGUCUU